AGAAGAAAGAUAUGUCUUCGUUGAGGAAUCUAUUCAAAGAGUUGUCGGAGAACCUUAACAAGUUCUCGACACUGCUGUUUGCCCUUAUUGCAGCAACAAAACUUGACAUGUUCAUCAAACAUCACAAGGAGAUGAUGCUUCUGGUUUGGAUCGGUGUUCUAUACUCCUUCUUGGUCAUUGCUGGGACAAUACUUCAGACGCACAAUAGAAGCCUUCUUCCAAUCAUAACUUGUGGCAUGUUUAUGGUGGGAGGUGCUGCUUCAUCUCUGCUUCUGAGUUUCUUCUCAUUAGUUGUUGCUAUUAUCACUUUGGUUCUGUGGGUUGUAAUUUUGACAUUGGUUGUUUAUAUGUAUGUUGUUCCUCGAAGAAGCUCAUGAUGUUUGUUGCUUCUCUAGACAAAAACAGAGUA